AUGUCUCAACACUUGAACGCCUCACUUUUAAGGCUCAAACUCAUUGAUGCGUUAAGAGCGGGCGAUGAAUCGAAGAUCGAUUCCGUGAUCAAGGAGCUUGAUUCCAUCGACUCAGUUGUCGAUACCACGGAAUUGGUGAGGUUGAGGGAGACGAUCCUUCAUUUCGCAGUACAGGUUGCCCCUUUGACCACGAUUCAAAAUUUGAUUAACAGCAAGGCUUAUAACUUUGAUAUCAAUGCCCAAGAUUCCGACGGUAAUACGCCUUUGCAUCUAGCUGCUGGCGCUUCUCGCUACAAUGUUGUGAAGUAUCUUCUUUCAUUGCCGGGAAUUAAUGACACGGUUGCCAACGCGGAAAAUCAGCAGCCUGUCGAAUUGGCGAGAGACGCCAAUAUCGCUCAAUUGAUGCAAUUCGAAAGGGCUAAAUUUGUUGAGAAAUCCGCUACUCAAUUGCGUCAGUAUUUUAGUGCUAGAGACUUUGACAGUCUUGAACAACUUUUGGUUCUCAACCCCAGAGCUGCAGAACUUUUAGAUAUCAAUGGAGCGGAUCCCGAAACCGGGAAUACCGUGUUGCAUGAGUUUAUUGGCAAAGAAGAUGUCGAAAUGUGCGAUUGGAUUCUCAAGCACGGCGGCGACCCCUUCAAGCGUGACAAACGUGGGAAAUUGCCAAUAGAUUUGGUGAGCAGGAAUGAUCCGAUAAGAAAACUUUUAAAGCAUGCGUCCAAGGAUCUGAACAUCAUGGACUCGGUGGUGAAUGCUAGUAAUCCUAUGAAAACUGGAAGUGCUCCCACUUACAAGGGGUACUUGAGGAAAUGGACCAACUUCGCAUCUGGCUACAAGUUACGCUACUUCGUUUUAGAUCAGUAUGGAAUUCUCUCCUACUACGCUGACCAAGGCGAUACAAACAACGCAUGCAGAGGAUCAUUGAAUAUCGGAUUGGCAACUUUGCACCUUGAUUCCUCCGAGAAGCUUAAGUUCGAGAUCAUUGGCAAGAAUGGCAUCAAAUGGCACUUGAAGGCUAACCACCCGGUAGAGACAAAUCGUUGGGUAUGGACCUUACAAAAUGCCAUCACCAUCUCUAAGGACAACUUGAGGCAAAGGAGAAAGGCCACUUCCGAGAAUGUAAACUCCAAUGUCGCAGCUAAUGAAGGGAGCAGCAUCCGAGAGUCUUUGGAUGAUGGAGCUCGCUCCUCAAUCGACGAAGCCGGUCUUCAAGGGGACGACGAAAAGAAGAAGAAGCGAUUGCAUUUUCCUCGUCGCAACAAGCACAAGAAGAGCUCGAGCCAAGUUUCUUUGAGUUCUUUUACUGGUUCAGAUCACGAGGACAACCUUCCGGUGGGAAGCUCUGAAAACAAAGGUACUGCGACUUCUCCCAACUUACUGCAAAUCAAGGAACUUAAACCCUCUGACGCCAGAAAAAGUCUCGAUGGUGCCCAAUCAGUGAUGACGAAGGAAGAUUUUGAUUACGAUCUCGAUCACGAGUCUGAAGACUCAGACUCUCUUUCGAUACUCAAUGGACUGGGUGAUCCAAGUCUGGACGAUGCUACGAGAUUGUCUAGGGAUUCCAUGCUUGCCACAAAACGAUCUCUUCUUAUCGAGAUAUCGAGUCUCCUCGAUUUGUUCAAGGCAUUGAGUGACAAGAUUGAUAGCGAACCCUACAAUGUUGGUCUAAAGACACUUUCUAACGUACACACUUUGAUUGAGCAAUAUGACCAGCUGGUGCAAUCGCGAGAGAAGAAGCUUUUCAAGCGUAUCGAGAGACAAGACGAGAUAAAUAAGCUCUGGGAGUCCUCCAUCCGGCAAUUAGAGAGUGAAAUUCAGAAGCGUGAGCAGACUUUGGCGCAGUUUGAGGGUAAAAAGUACAAGAUUAGAAAGCUUCUUGAGUCGAGGGGAAUCCUGUCCCCGCAAGUUUCUAAUGAACUGGCAAAUGGAUUCUUUUCAGCAACGCCACCCAAUGCCCCACCUGAAGCACAGCCAUCCGCUGAAGGCAAUGCUCAAUCAGCCGACUCCGCCUUGCUUGAGGAGAUCUUCCAUGAUUCAGAUGAUGAAUUUUUUGAUGCCGACGAAUUUGAAGAACCAAAUCAGCCGCAAACAAGUCGUGGCACCGAGGUCGGUGUUACCGAUACCCAAAGUGACCAAAUUGUCGCUGAAGAGGCAGGUGAUGCUAACAGGAAUACCGGCUUGGCUGCGACUGGCGCAGCUUCUCUUCCCAGUGCUGACGCAGGUGCAUCUCAAGCUCAGAGAAGUGACGCGAAGGAAGUGGAACGAACAGAGGACCAGCCAGUGAUCGAGGACCAGCCCAAGCUUGAAGUUGAACGUGCAGGGAACGUCGCUAAUGAAGCUCAAGAGAAGGUGUUGAACAUCUUGACGCAGGAAGGCUCUUUCUUAGGUUAUGAGAAGCCUCCUCGGUCGAGGCUUGCUUAUGAUGAAGACAAUAGGCCCAAGGUGGGUUUAUGGGGUAUCUUGAAGUCAAUGAUUGGUAAGGACAUGACCAGAAUGACGCUUCCAGUAUCAUUCAAUGAGUGCACCUCCCUUCUUCAAAGACUUGCUGAAGACAUCGAAUAUAACGAUCUUCUUCAAAAAGCUGCCUCUAUUGAAGACUCCACACUAAGGAUGGUAUAUGUGGCAGCAUUUGCGGCUUCAGAGUAUGCCUCAACUAUCAACAGAAUUGCCAAGCCCUUCAAUCCUUUGCUAGGUGAGACUUUUGAAUACGCUCGUCCUGAUCAGAAUUUCAGGUUGAUCUCCGAGCAAGUGAGCCACCAUCCACCUAUCAGUGCAUGCAAGGCCCAAUCACCGAAGUGGGACUACUAUGGAGAAAACGCUGUCGAUUCCCAAUUCAAGGGGCGUUCAUUCGAUUUCAAGCACCUUGGAAAAAUGUUUUGUGUGAUAAGACCGGACAAGGGUGUAAAGUCGAUCAAGGGUGAAGUUCUCCAAGAAGAACUCUACAGCUGGAAGAAAGUUAACACCUCAGUGGUGGGAAUUAUCGUUGGUAAUCCAACUGUUGAUAACUACGGAAAAAUGGAAGUCACUAAUCAUACAACUGGAGACGUGAUUGUCGUGGAUUUGAAGCAAAGGGGAUGGAAAGCUUCAUCGGCCUACCAAUUAUCAGGUACUGUGAAUGACAACAAAGGAAAUUCUCAUUGGGCUAUAGGAGGGCACUGGAACCUGAAAAUAUUUGCCCGUAAGGUAUCCGAAACGUCUGAGAAAGCCAGAAGAGAUUCAUUGAUCGACUCACAGGACGUCAAGCCUAGUGAGGACCCUUAUUCUGGAGCUAAAUUCUUAGUGUGGCAGGCAGCACCUCGCCCGAAGGUUCCGUUUAACUUGACUUCAUUCGCGUUGACCUUGAAUGACCUCCCUGAGACUUUGAAGCCAUGGUUAGCACCCACCGACACGAGAUUGAGGCCCGAUCAGAGAGCCAUGGAAGAUGGUAGAUAUGACGAGGCAUCAAAUGAGAAGCACAGGGUUGAGGAGAAACAAAGGGCUGCGAAGAGGAAGAGAGAGGCCACAAGGUCUACUUACAAACCAAAUUGGUUCGUGAAGAAGCAGCAUCCAGUCACCGGUGAUAACUAUUGGCAGUUUAACGAGGAGUACUGGAAACUCAGAAAGGAUAAGAAGCUUGAAGGACACCUCUAUUGCCAUUCUUACGAUGCAGAGGCUCUCGAGAAUAGUCUUGCGAGAAAAAAGGAAAAGCAUGAGAAAUCGAUCAAGGAUGAGACAUCUAUCUCAAAACUAGCCAAACCAUGGUGGUCUCAAGUAGACUACAAAGAAAGUUCAGACGAAGUGAAGAUGAACUGGAAGACCAAACGACACAAAGGUUCAUGCCGCUCCGUGGUAUUCGAGGUGCAAGAAAACUCCAUCGGCGAAUUUCUUUACUCUGGUGGUACCGAUAAUGUGAUCAAAAAGGCCUCCACUGAGACAGGCAAAGUGGUAGCCAAGACGGACCUCAGCUCUAGCUAUGAAAAUCCUAAAGAUGCGAUAACAACCAUGGCAGUUUCUCAAACCCAUCCAUAUCUUUUGGCAGGAACUGAUGAUGGGCAUGUAUAUGUCUACGACAGUAGGCAGCUACACAACGAUAAAGUCAAAUUUAACCUUCAGAACAUGCAUGACGAUUCGGUGAAUCAGAUUCUACCCAUGAAUGCAGUGUCACCAUACCACUAUUUGUCAUUAGGAUCUACCACAUUGACACACUUCGAUAUCAGAAAAGGCAUUGUGACCCAGUCUGACGAUCAAGGUGACGAAUUACUUGCAAUGUGUUACCCGAACGAAUACUUGAAUCAGGGCAAAAACGAUACAGUUUUGGUAUCUCAUGGUGAGGGCAUCGUUUCGCUCUGGAGAGAAUCUUCGAACAGACUAUCAGACCAGAUUCUGCGAAUAAAAGUUAAUAAGAAUGCCUCCAUCGAUGCGAUUGUUCCUACAAUGAACGCAGGAAAUGAGAACUUCAGCGAAUGCGUUUGGUGUGGUGAUAGUGAAGGCUUGAUCCAUAGAGUGGACUAUAAGAAAUCAAAGGUCGUUGAAACUAGAGUACAUUCAGCGGCCAUGGGCAAGCUCGGUGGACUAGACGAGGUAGGAGGGCUUGACAUAGACUACGAUUAUAGGCUCAUUAGUUCGGGGAUGGAAGGACUUAAAGUGUGGAGUGGUGAGUUCGAACUGAGCGAUGGAGAAAAUGAUCUGAAUAGUUCGGAAGACGAGCAUUGGAGUGACAGUGAUGAUGAUACAGCGUCAGAUUCUGAGGGUGAAUCUGAGAGCGAAUCGACGAAUGACACUGCAAUUGGUACUGAUGAAGUCACAGAAGAAGAUUCAAAGAAAAGAGUCAAAGUCGAAGAUAGUGGCGAUAGUUCUGAUGAUGGAGUCGUGAAAAAACAAAAGACAAUUGUUACUGCUCGGAAAGGUAAGGAGGAGGAAUCCGGAAACAAUGCCGCUUCGAAUGAUACGGCAAAACGAAGAGAAAGAAAACCAAAGAAGAAACUGUCAAACAAUGGUAUUUUCAAGUUCGAUGGAAUCUAG